AUGCUCUCCAAAUUACCAGGAGAAUUACUGCUCUCAAUAACAAGCUUCCUCAAUAGCCACACGGACACUCUGCGGCUCGCAUCCUGUUGCCGUGCCUUCUACCCCUUUCUCUUACCCGAAGUCUUCACGUCGCUCGACUUGAUAGAGCACCGCAAUGGCCACUUGAGUCAUUUAGUACACACACUCGCAUCCAAGCCCUCAUUAGCACACGAAGUGCGCACUUUGCGUAUUGACUGUGGCUGGCGACCGACUUCCGGCGUGCGAUACGAACAGGACGUUAUUCUUGAAGUUCUGUCGGCGGCCCUGGGAUCCGAUGACAACGACAAGAUAGCCACUUGGGCCCGAGAGCUGAUGAAUCGAGAAAGAAACGACGCAUGGACUGUUCUGCUUCUGGCUCUCCUGCCCAAUCUCGAGGAUCUGGUCCUGCAGGUUUGUGAUUUCUCCAACUACACACUUGAGUGGCUGGCCGGCAUCGCCCAGAACGGAACAUCAAGCCGUAUUCUGUCUAGAUUGAGAAUCCUCAGAGUGGACUGCUCCGAUGUAGAUGGUGGCCUCAGCUCAGCGCAUUUUCUUCCAAUCCUUCGACUUCCCUCGUUACGGAGCUUCUACGGCCAUAUGGUAUGUGACGGUGGUAGCUCUGAUGAGGAAUAUGCCGAGGAUCAGGAUUUUGAUGCUGCGAGCUACAUUCCGGACAAUGUGGGCUACUCGAAUGUGACUCAUAUCCAACUUCUGUCCAGCUGUUCUCGACGCGGGUUUGCAGACCUCAUCGGUGCACCCAAAGCCCUCGAAUCUUUCAUUUUUGAGCAUACGCAGAACCCGAAUUACGCAGAUGAUGAAAAUAUGUACGCGUCACGAUAUUACCACCCAUUGCGCAGACAUUGGGCGACAUUGCAGAGAUUAACCAUAACCCACGAGAGUACCAACCUUUAUGAUUGUUACCAGAGUCACGAGUAUGAUUACAUCGGUUCGUUCGCGGGAUUUAGUGUACUAAAAGAACUCCGCCUGCAGGUGACUCAGAUACUAGACUGGGACGGCCUAGACACAACAUCCAAAAAUACACCGAAUAAUAUACUGCCUCUAUCGCUGGAACGCCUCAUUAUUGAUGGCCUGGAGAGAGAGCAUUUAACUGCACUUGCCAUAGCUUUUGAAGACCUGCUUUCAGGAGGAAAGUACCGCUGUCCAAGCUUGACUUAUCUUGAAGUUAAAGGAAACUGGAUGCAUGUCCAUCAGUCAACAGAGGAGUCCAACACCAAGCCUCGGCCUAUACCUGCUAUGUCUGAGGAGUUUGCGGAGUUUAAGAUCAGACUCGAGUUGUCAUGUUCGGCUGUGGAGAUCAAGUUUAACUUGCGUGAUUUACAUGUUGAAGAUAUAAUCGAGAAAAACCGUUUGUAUGUCCUUUGA